UGCGUCCGUUGUGCGCAGUAUCAACCAAAUCAGGUCUCGCACACCUAUUGUCUGUCUAAGCGACGGCCACCAAGACCACACCAACAACAACAACAAGGACCAUAAUUACAACUGCCAGCAACGCCAACAUGAGUUCGCCAGCUCAGGGGGGACCCUCGGUCCCGAAGGACAAGGAGAAGGAGAAGAAGGGCUUGGGCAAGGUGUUGUCGAGGAUGAAGACGGUACUCAAAAAGGCCGAUCCGUCUCGCCGGCUGUCGACGCUCGGUUCGUCGAAGUCCGCCGCAGCACCCGCCGCUGCAGCCGCUCCCAGCAAACCUGCGGAACCCGCCGCGGCCCAGGGCCCCGCAGCCGUGGAAGCUACUAAGAUCCCGAGAUCUCAGAUCUUCGCUGAGCGAGCAAAGAAGAUCGGUGAGCUGUACGGCCUGGAGCUGAAGCCGAGCGAGUGGUACUCGACCGAGGGCAACGCCCUCCGGGUGGAGAAGCCCAUCCGAAUGCGAGUGCACAGAAAGUGCCAUGUCUGCGACACCUCGUUCGGCCGGGACAAGGAAUGCCCCAAGUGUAAGCAUCAGCGCUGCAAGCAGUGUCCGCGGGUGCCCCCGAAGCGCACCGAGGCCGAGAAGGAGGAGAGCCGCAAGAGGCGGGCCGCCAUCCUCAAGGAGCGGGCCGAGAAGGCGCCCAUCAUUCCCGACUGGGACCCGACUCCGAAGAAGAUCGUCCUCAAGCGCCCGGCCAAGACUGGCGGCCAGGAUCUCAUCUACAGAAAGCCGCGCCAACGCCUCCGGCGGACCUGCUGUCAGUGCCAGCGAUUGUUUACGGGCACCAAGACCUGCGAAGGCUGCCAGCACAUCCGUUGCACCGACUGUCCUCGCGACCCACCCAAAAAGGACAAGUAUCCGUACGGAUACCCUGGCGACGCGCCAGGCACGAGGAUCGCUCAUUACCAGUGUGCCAACUGCAAACAUAUCUUCUCACUGCCGCCCACCGCUGCAGCAACUUGCGUCAAAUGCUCUCACGACAAGUACGAGCGGCUGACACCUCGUAAAGUGGAACCGGAGCCCGACCCCGAGAUCUUGAAGAGCAUACAAGCCAGAAUCGAGGCUAUGAACCUCAAGUGACAAGAGCGGGUGGUAUUGUCAUGCAUGCCUCAUAACUCGCGAGCCUCUGCUUGAGGGCCGGCUGGCGGUGGUCGGGGGAGAGGGGCGGAA